CACUGGCGUCAGUCUAUGUACCUAUUUCUGUGUCGUGUCAACUACCUACCUAUUGUUUUUCAUGUGUUACAGUGUUUUAAAUACUAAAUUUUAUAUCUAGCUCCUCCUGUACAUAUUUCCAAAUACAAGAAUGAUGCAACAUUCAUUUGUUUUGCUGAUAAUGUUGAUUGCAUAUUCAGCAUAUUCUUUUGGAGUGAUGAUCCCUUAUAAAAAUAAUACCAAGAUCUUUUACUCCGCAAAAGAAAACAUCUCGAUUACUUGUUCUGGUACAGAUGAAGUCACAUGGACGAAUACCGAUCGGCUGGAAGGUAAUUACACAAUAGAUGCGCAGACCCCAUACAGAAAAAUCCUUGAAAUAAGAAACGCUUCAUUUUAUAACGCUGGGAUUUUCGAAUGUGCUUCAACAAACAACAGUGACGACUUCAUGAGGCUUUUUAUUUAUCCAGGGUAGUUCAAAAGUUUCGUAGAUGCUGGAGCCAAAAACGUCAAGUACCUAAGCGUAUAAGCCUAAAUUGACCAUCGAUAUUGAUGAAUAAAAAAUGAUUUUGAAUUACUGUAUUAACACCUUUAACUGCAAUAAAAAUUAUUAUCUACGUUUAA